AGACAAAUAUUGUAGGCUAGUUGUCACCUCUGCUCUUAUCUCGUUUGGCUGAACCUGUCUCUCUCACACUAAGCCGUUAAGUAUAUAGAUUUUGCUCGUCUACGUAUUGUUUAUUAUUAUUAUCUGUGCGUGUUUUUCCUCCGAACGAGGCGUUCGCAUUUGCUUUACACCUAAGGCGGUAAUUAAGGAGCUGAAAUGGCGUGCAAAAAUCUGCUGCUGGCGGCGCUUAUGGUGGCUGUUUUUGCUAUUCUGUCUUCGACGUCUUCUGCUCAUGUGAUCGGUGUUGAUUUCGGUUCCGAGUAUAUUAAAGUCUCUGGUCCACAUGGUGACAAGGGGCUGGAUAUCGUGCUAAACGAGCUGUCUAUGCGAAAAACAGAGAACUUUAUUGGUUUCCGAAACGGUGACAUUUACAUCGGAGAUACGGCAAAAGGUUUGGCCGCCCGUUUUCCUUUGUGCACCGCGAGUGCCAUCAAUCAACUCGUCAGUAUUCGCAAGGAUUCCGAGCUGCACGCUGUUUUCCAAGAUUUUCAGUACGAAUAUCACGUAAAUUUCAAUAAUCAUGGUUCUGCGACGGUGAACAUUUGCAACGUUGAGGAGCCGUUCACAGCUGAAGAGCUUUUUUCACUCAUCUUAUCGUAUUGCAAAGCCGCCGCUGAGCAUGACGACGUUGUAACCCCCACCGGAGUCGUGGUAACGAUUCCAUUCCACACAUCGCCUGUGGAGCGGAGGUCGAUUCUCGAUGCUGCGCGGUUCUCCGGCCUCAAGGUUCUUGGGCUGAUGCAUUCUACAACAGCCGCGGCUUUCUAUUACGGUGUGCGGCAUCGGGGCUUUGGCAAUAACACGGUAAAGCUGCUUGUUUUUGAUCUCGGCGCAACGCACACGGAGGUCGGCGUGUACGAAAUUUCACCAGCCCCUCGCCGGCCGCCGCUGGAAAAUGCGUUUGGGACGCUGAGAACUCUCGGCGUCGUAGAGGACCGCUCUCUUGGCGGCCGUGCCUUUGAUCUGUGCGUUGCAGGCAUUAUUGAGAACGAGGCACGUGAAAAACUGAACAUCGGAUCUGUUCUCGGUGGCAAGACACCUGCGCAACUGAAAUCGCAGUUUUCCCUGCUGCGUGCGGCCAACAAGGUGCGUGAAACACUUUCGGUGAAUAGCGUUACACCGUACACGGUAGAAGGUAUUGUUCCGGACAGAGAUUUUCACUCCAGUAUGACGCGGGCCACCUUUGAGUCGGGAUGUUCCGAUAUUUUCGACCGUGUGAAGGAUUUGGCUGUCAACGUGACCAAGUCAGUCAAUAUUUCCCUGUCCGAUUUGACCGCUUUUGAAAUGAUGGGUGGAAUUUCUCGCACUCCUAAGAUUAUUGCGGACCUUUCGGCAUUCCUCGGCAGAGAUGUGGAUCGAACGAUGAACAUGGACGAAGCCGCUGCGAUGGGCGCUGGCUACUACGCGGCGAAGCUUUCGCCUCUUUAUCAUGCCAAGUCUCUGAAACUUGAUGAGACGAUUCCUUAUAGCGUAGAGUUCGAGGUUCAUCCUCGGCUGAACAAGAAGAAACCGUUGACGCGCCGGCCGCUGUUCGGCACUGAUGGCGUGCUGUUGGGUGACGCGGUGAGUCUAACUUUCAAUCGAACCGACGAUUUUUCUGUGGACCUAUUCGCUGGCACCGACGCGAAGUUGCCGAUCGCGACGAUUGAGGUUACCGAUGUGAAGAAAGCAUUGACAAACUUGGGGGCUCUCUCUCCCACUGUACAGCAUCCCAACAACAGCCACAUGAUUCGCAUGCAGGUGAUUAUGAAUGAAACGGGACUGGUUCAGCUCGAGCACACGGAAGCGCUUGUCCGCUACGCGGCACAGGUGACGGAGAAGACAAAAGAAAACGUGACUGAUUCGACGACUGGAGAGGUCAAAGAGGUGGAUAAGACGCACACCGUGAUCCGGAUGCGCCACAAGACAGCGGUCGUGCCAGCUGCGCUGAUUUGGAAGAACCCCGAUGCGCUCACACUGCAGGAGUCGAGCGCUAGUGAGAAGAAACUGGCGGACAUUUGGAAAGCUGAGCACGCGAAGCAUGUACGUGCGACCGCAAAGAACAACCUGGAAACCUACAUUUUCUGGGUCAAAUACGACGGAGUUGGCGGCAAUGAGACGCUUGCCGCUGCUGUCGGUGACGCGGCGGUGCACCAUGUCCUGGAUGAAGUGGCGAAGAUUCAAGACUGGCUCGAAGACGGCCCUGGCAGUUCCGAUCACUGCUCGGCUGAUGAGUACGACGCACGUCAUGCAGAGCUAGAGAGGCUUGUCUACGAGCUGACAAAAGAGCCGGAAUCGGAGUCGUCGCACGACGCUUCUAACAACGGUGUAGGCGGUGCUGCGUCGAAUGAAGGUGACGAUGGCGCUGAAGGCGAUCUGUAA